GAGCGCCGCUUGGAGUGGCUGCGGCGCGCGAACCAGUCACUGGAGUGUUUGGAUCAGAAGUUGGGCCGCGUCCAGAAUUGGACCAAAGAGGGCCAAGCACCACUUUCCAAGGAGUGGAAGGAGAGCAUCGGCCGACAGCUGAGGGAAGCGGAACGACAGGAGCAGGUGGAGCAGCUGAUCCAGGUGCUGCCGAUCCUCACGAGCGACCUUAGGCAGAUUGAGGACGGCUCGGCGCCUGGCUCGCAGCUCGCCCCUGGCUCGCCCGUUCCUCGGAAGAGCAGCAGCUGA